GAAGCACUUCCGCUUGCGCUUGUCAUGUGACCCGCAUGUCCUUGGUUUGGCUAACUUUGACAUGUGAGCUACAGAAACAUGUCUAUUCCUAAAAAACCCGGAGGAAAAGCACUCGAAAUUUUACAGAAUUUACCACGUAUCUCAUUGGCAAACCUGCGGCCUGAACCAGGAUCAAAACAAUUGGAAAAACGGAGAGGCAGAGGACAACAUGGGGGUAAUAGAAGCGGCCGCGGGCACAAGGGAGAAAGGCAGAGAGGCAACCGGCCUCGCUUGGGAUUUGUUGGCGGUUCGACUCCAUUUUAUUUAGCCAUUCCAAAAUACACUUACAACGAGGGCCACAGCCGACGUCCACAGUACCAGCCCCUGACGCUCAAACGUCUGCAGUAUCUCAUUGAUCUGGGCCGUCUUGACACAACUCAGCCCAUAGAUCUGACCCAGCUCGUGAAUGCCAGAGGGGUCACUGUGCAGCCCCUCAAGAGGGACUAUGGGGUCCAGCUUGUAGACGAGGGUUCUGAAAUUUUUGCUGCAAAAAUCAACAUAGAAGUUCAAAGAGCUUCUGAAGGAGCCAUAGCUGCUAUUGAGCGUAAUGGAGGAGUCAUAACCACCAGUUACUAUGAUCCUAUAAGUCUUGGGAUUCUCAUCAAGCCUGUUCCAUUCUUCUUGAGAGGACAACCUAUACCCCGCAGAAUGCUACCAGGAGAGGACAUGUUGCCCUAUUAUUCAGAUGCUGAAAACAGAGGUUACCUGGCAGAACUGGACAAAAUCCAGCAGGCUCGAAUAGCUUUAGCCCUCAAGUAUGGCUAUAUUUUACCAGACAUUUCAAAAGACGAACUCUGCCACAUGCUUUCUAUGAGGAAAGAUGUCAGACAGAUCUUUUUUGGUCUUUCUCCGGGAUGGUUGGUUAACAUGCCUGAAAAAAAGAUUUUGAAGCCUACUGAUGAGAAACUGCUCAAAUAUUACAAUUCGUAGUGUGUAAAUAUAAAAUAAGUAAACACAUGUACAUUGUUGAAUAAAAAUAGUAUACACAACUAAAUGGAAAA